AUGUGUGUUGAGAUGAGUGAAGCGUGCAUUGCAGAGAAUCUUGAAGAACUGGUGAUGAUGUUGAUUCCAGGAAGGUGCAGAGAUUCCCUACUGAAGAGAAUCAUCUUUGAGGUUUGGGCAUGUCUGAAACAGCGCAGCAGCAAUGUUAAUGUCAACACUGGUGCAAAAUCUCGGACCAUGGUAAAGGCUCUUGAGAUUGCACACCAACAUGAUGAACAACUCCACUUGAAUUCAUUCCUUGAAGUUCAUAUGGUUAGAGAAAUAAACUCUAACUCAUGUGGAGAUUAUGGUCACAAGGAGAAGGCCUCAAACACUCGAGUUUCUAUCCUUUUGGUUGUCACUUGUGAGAUAGCUUGUAUUGCAAGUACCAAUAGCCUUCUCUUGUGUUGA